CAAGUAAAUAGUGGAAAAAGCAGACAAAGUUUAUAUUUCCUAAUUCCUAUCCUAGACUGUUACCUAAUCCUUUUGUAGCCUAAGCCUAGUGUUAGAUUUUGGAGGCAGAUAUUUAACGUUGGUGGUUAAAUCGCUGAAGAGUGGGAUUGGUUUAGCUCCUCCGAUGGUGAAAUCGGUGAACACUAAAUCUACGGCGGUGCUUUAUCACUAUCCCUGUCCUGAUGGUGCUUUCGCCGCUCUUGCCGCUCAUCUCUACUUCUCGGCCGCUUCUCUUCCCGCUUUUUUCUUCCCCAAUACCGUCUACAAUCCUCUCAGAACGGAGCAGCUUCCCCUGCAUCAAAUUGAUGACGUUUACCUUUUGGAUUUUGUGGGACCUUCUGGAUUCGUUCAGGAACUAUCCUCAAAAGUUACCAGAGUGAUAAUACUGGACCACCACAAGACGGCUCUUGAAAAGCUUGGCGAUGAAUCUUCAUCUGGUCAAAAUGUGACUAAAGUCAUAGAUAUUCAGAGAAGUGGAGCUACGAUAGCUUUUGACUAUUUCAAGCAAAAGCUAAUACAAGUUGCUCACGGGAAAUUCGAUGUUGGUUCUUGCCAUGACAAAGUGCUAAAUGAAUUUGAGCGCAUGAGGACACUUUAUGAAUACAUCGAGGAUGGGGAUCUUUGGAGGUGGAGUCUCCCAAAUAGUAAAGCUGUAAGCAGUGGGUUGAAAGAUCUGAAUCUUGAAUAUGAUACCCUCUUGAAUCCUCGCUUGUUUGAUCAGUUACUAUCUCUGGAUAUGGAGACUAUGAUUGGUCAAGGAAUGGCGAGUUUAUCACACAAGCAAAAAUUAAUAGAUGAUGCUCUUAAUCAAUCAUAUAGCAUUACACUCGGUGGUGGAGCUUUUGGAUGUUGUCUGGCUGUUGAUGCAGAUUCUAUUUCGGAACUAAGGAGUGAAUUAGGACACCAAUUGGCUACUAAGAGUCAAAAUUUAAAUUUAAGAGGCAUUGGGGCCAUCGUAUACCGAGUCCCUGCUCUUGGGAACAAUCAAAUGUUGAAAAUAAGUCUUAGAAGUGUGCGCGACGAAGACACAACUCCCAUAUCACAGGAAUUUGGAGGUGGGGGCCAUAGAAAUGCAAGCUCCUUCAUGUUAAGCUCAACGGAUUUCAAGAAGUGGAAGAUUUGAAUAAUGCAGAAGAAGUAUACAUGCAUGAAGUAAUUAAAUGGAAGACUGAUUUCAUCUGUCCUAGCUACUCUUUUCAUUCAAGGUAAUGUCACCAGCCUUCUGGCACAGCAGCUAACAUAACCCUUGUACACCACCAAAAACAGAUUCCUCAGAAGCCAAAUGGAUGACCCUAAAUUAUGGGCGGUGCUCAACUAUAUUAUGAUGGAAUAUGAAACAGUGUUCUUGACUGAACUUAUAUGGAGAGAAUAAGAUAUAAUUAAUUCUGCCCAUACAGACCAAGCUGGUUUCUUUUUGUCAGCAUCAGCAUGAAUAUUUAAGUCCUUGGUUGUUGGUUGUUAGAAA